AUAUUUCGACCAGUCAAGUAUCUGCGAUACCUCGCGAAAUCCUCGAGUCCAGUUUAUUCGACGCGUCACGUAGUUUCGUGACGCGCGUCCGGCGAAUCGAAAAAUUCAUUCGGUAAAUUCGCAAAUAACACAUACACACACAUACACACACACAACAAGCGCGUCACGUCCCAAAAGAUACGGGUUGCGCGCGGCGAGGAGACGGGGGGGGAGGAGCAGGAGGGAGUAAAUGCCGGUCGUCGAGCGAACAGUUCCGGCGUGUCGCAACGGUGCUUCAGAGACGCACCGGCUUCGCGUAUGUUCCCCGAGAGUCAGUCCGUAGCCAGAUUCGGCCGGCAGCAGCAGCGGUAUCAUCUCGCAGUGCGCGCAAGCGUGACUUGGAAUUUACAAGAUGGCGGAGCGCAGGAAAAGCAGGAAGCGCAAAAACGAAGUAGCCAGUUUAGACCCUAAGGUCGCACAGGACAAACCGUCCAAGGAGGAGUACUCGGUGGCUAAGUGGAUCCGCAACAAUGUACCGUCGAAGAAGACCAAGUUCGACAGGACCCACAAUGUCGAGUACUUCACCGGGUCGAGGGCCGUCGACGCCUUGCUGGAAAGCUCACCCUGGAGCUCGGUGUUCGAGAACCGCAAACAAGUCUCCCAGUUCUUGGACCAGAUGUUGAGGCACAAGUUCUUUCACAGGGCGAAGAAGGUGGUGAUAUCGGAGGAAGAACUCAACAAAAUGCGGGGUAUUAAGAAGAAGACGACCAAGGAUACCAAGGAGGAGAGGAAAGAAGGAGAUAAGGAGAAAAAGGAAAAGGAAAAGGAGAAGGAGAAGGAGAAGGAAGAACCCAAAGAGAACAAAGACAUGGCUGUGGUGAAGGAUGAGAAGGAUGAGGAAAAGUCUGAUGAUCAAAAGAAGUCCAAGAAAAAGCCAAAAGUAAGACUAGAGAUGCACAUGGAACAAUACUUUGUAGAUUGUAAUGACGCAUACGUGUGGAUAUAUGAGCCAAUUCCUGUGUAUUACUGGUUCUUCGGCACGCUUGUAGUCUUAGGAGCAAUAGCAGUCUGCCUCUUCCCACUUUGGCCGUUGACCAUUCGUCACGGAGUGUAUUACCUGAGCGUCGCGGCCGCAGGAUUCCUCGUAUUUAUAUUAGCAUUGGCAAUUAUCAGAAUGAUCGUGUUCUGUCUUCUGUGGGUACCCACGUUAGGUAGAUGCCACCUGUGGCUGCUGCCCAACUUAACGGCCGAUGUCGGCUUCUUCGCAUCUUUCUGGCCGUUAUAUCAGUACGAGUACUACGGCUCCACGUCCGGCGAUAAGAAAGUCAGUAAAAAGAGAAGAAAGAAAGAUAAGGAUUCCGACUCCGAGGACGCGACGUUGAUUCAGUCGGAAGAGAAAUCCGAGGAAAUGCGGGAAUCACCCAAGGAGGAGGAGGAGGCGCAAAUGGAGGAGGAACCAUCGCCCAGCACGGAAAGGAAGGACUCGUGCGACUCCGCCGAAGCUGAGGAAGGCAGCGAAGAGGGUUCGGAGAGCGAGAAGUCGAACACGGGUCGGGACUUUGUUAUGGUUUAGGGCCGGGAGAAUACUAGGCAAUAGACAGCUUCACAUGCUGAAACAGACAGCUCUUAAUUGUCGCAUUAAUAAUCGCUGAAACCGAUAUAUGCUUACGUUCGAACAUGAAUGUGCAAUUCUAAAAUUAUCGAGGCUCACAUUUCGGUGAGCGAGAAAACGGUUUACGAUAAGCGUGUUAACAAACCGCAUCGUAUUGCGCGCGAAUUCAACCCCUCAACUGCCGAAUAUUUAUUUGUUAUUCCUUUGAUUCGGUUGCGUCAUCGUGGAAUUGUUUAACCAACGAUAACAAAAAAUCCGUUCCAGGCUUCAGCGAGCGAGGACUGUGGCAGUUGAUGGCUUGAAAAUGGCUCGAUCUUAGUGAAUUCUCCGGGUUCGUUGCAUUCGAAAGGAAAGAAGAGAUGCACGAAUUAGGAUGGCAGUGUUUGGAAAAUAAUAUGUAAUAUCGGAAAUUACUCGGUUUUCUCAGAAGUUUUGUCUGGAUAUCACAUUUAUACGCUCUACCUGUCACAUUUCUAUAUCUAAGCUUGUACGUAUCUUCUUUCCUUUCUAUUGAUUUGCAAAAUCCCCGAGCCCUCGUAAUAUUUUUAACGACUGCAUUUAAGUACGGCUGGAGGAGCGAACGGAAGAGAGAGAGAAAAAAAAGAUCGUUCGUGUGUGAUUUUCUGAGCGCAAGAGACGACCUCGCGCGGCCGACGCGUGUUGUAAAGUACUGUCUGUAGAAAUAUGAACGUAACAAGGCGUGUUUUAUUCUACAUAUAUAUGUAUAUAUAUGUAUAUGUAUAUAUAUAUAUACAUAUACAUGUAUAUGUGUGUGUAUAUAUAUA